AUGGACAAAGUGGACGGCCCGAAGGAACCGGAAGAGUUCCCCUUUGUUGUUCCCAAUAGUCAAAUGGACCAACAGCAGCAGUACCUCCGAUAUAUGGAUGAGCGACAUGAGUAUCGAAAUCGCAAGAUCAAGACGUCGCAUGGACAAUACGUUAAAGUGAUGGUUCUUUUUGCGAUUUUGCAGAUCAUCGGCAUUGCAUUUUUCACCAAAGGGUUUCUAUUAUCCAGGCAGGUCUUGCAGAAUCGGGCGACAUGUCAGGAGCAACAGGAGAGCGAAACCUGCGAACGAUUUUCACCCUUCAAGAAAAGCGUCGUUCUUCUGAUCGACGCCCUACGGUUUGAUUUUGUGAUACCUGUGGAAGGAGAGAGUGCCGACCCAUACUAUCAUAACAACUUCCCAAUCCUGUACGAGCAAUUUGUGAAGCACCCGCGCAACUCGUUGCUGCUCAAAUUCAUUGCCGAUCCUCCGACAACCACUCUGCAGCGACUCAAAGGACUGACCACUGGCUCUUUGCCAACUUUUGUGGAUGCGGGGUCUAACUUUGAUGGAGACACUAUUGAAGAGGAUAACUGGGUGUCUCAGCUUCGUGACCACGGCAAAAAUGUCGCUUUCGUUGGCGACGACACCUGGACCGCUCUUUUCUCGCCCUUUCUGCAUUCUAAUAUGACAUAUCCAUACCCAUCUCUCAAUGUUUGGGAUCUUCACACCGUGGAUAACGGUGUGAUUGAACACCUCUUCCCAAUGAUGCACAACAGAAGCCACGAGUGGGACGUUCUUAUUGGCCAUUUCUUGGGAGUUGACCAUUGCGGACAUCGAUAUGGUCCCAGACAUUAUGCUAUGAAACAGAAAUUGAAUCAGAUGAACAAUCUGAUUGACCAAGUCAUCAGUUUGCUAGAUGAUGACACGCUUCUUGUUGUGUUCGGGGACCAUGGAAUGGACUAUACGGGAAAUCAUGGAGGCGAGUCCAAGGAUGAGCUGGAAGCAGCUUUGUUCAUGUACUCGAAGCGCAAAAACUUUGGUCGAUUGGCCGAGGAAUACUAUGAUGUCGCAGAAUUGGGAAACAACUAUAGAUCCGUUAAUCAAAUUGACCUCGUUCCCACAAUAUCGUUGCUGAUGGGUCUUCCUAUCCCAUACAACAAUCUAGGAUCGCCAAUAGAGGAGGCUUUUAUUGGGCCGGAUGGGAAGGACCAACACCAGCUAGCCAAGGUUAACUUUUUAACUUGUCAACAAAUACACAGAUACAGACAACAUUCUGAUCAGCUUUCCUCUGACACUUUCAUCAACUCGAAAUUUGAGGAGCUUUCAGAACACUGGACCCACUUACAACAAGGAAAGAAGGAGCAACUAGACCUUAUAAAAUUCAAUCAGCAAUGCUAUGACUAUCAAUCUCUCUCACUGGAGAAAUGUAAGUCAUUGUGGGCCACAUUUGACAAUAUUUCUAUUGCCAUUGGUAUUUUACUUGUCACCAUUUCUCUCCUACUCUUGAUCAUCUACGGGAAACUUGUUCCUUUGGUGGUAAUCACACAGCUGAAUUCGCAAUUUAUCGCAACUUCGGCGGCGAUGACUCUAGUUCACUCAUUGCUAGUCAUCUCCUUCACCACCAUAUUUAAGCCUGAAAACCUUAAUAUGCUGUGGUCCGUUUUACUGGGUAUCUCGCUCGGGAUCAUUAAUGGAAUUCUGGCGCCUAUCAUUGAUCGGUACUCAGUACCAUGGCUUUUGGCACAAGUGAGAGAAAACCUCAUACAGAACGGCUGGACAUAUUUAGCAUUAGCUGUGGUUUUGAUGCACUCGCUGAUCUUCACUUCAAACUCGUUUAUCAUUUGGGAAGACAAAAUUGUGGCAUUCUGGCUCACCUCGUUUGGAUUCUGUGCCUUUUUUAAAUCCUUCAAACAUAGAAAUUCCUACAAGCAGCUUCUUGGAGCAUACCAUUCGAUUGUGUUCAUCUUGCUCACCAGAAUCACUUCAAGUAUCAGGUUUUGUCGCGAAGAACAGGGUUCCAAGUGUUUAAGCAAUUUUGAAGUAACUUGGUGGUCUGUUGGUCUCAUUUACGUUUUUGCCCUACUGCUUCCAAAGAUGAUUGAGAAAUUCUUCGAUAUCACUCACUCUUUCCAUGGUGCCGCUCCGCUCUGGAUUUCGACCGGUCUGAAGAGUAUGAUGCUGUUGACCGGUCUGAUGUGGACUUUGGAGUAUAUCGAAAACAGCGACUAUUUCAACGCACAAUUUCAAAUUCCGUUUGAGGCAUUCAAGGCAACAAGGUUGACAAUUGCACGCAUUGUGAUGGGAAUUUCGCUGAUCGCCAGUAACUUUGGGUGGUUUUUGGGUCCUCUCUGCAUCAAAAUUGAUUUGAAGUCGGACACAGACAGCCAGCAAGUUUUAAAGACCGCAAAUAUCAUUGGAUACGGUAAUGUUUACGGCUCUGCCUACUUUUUGUUCGUGAUCAACGUUCUGUGUGCCGUGCUGCUAGUCAACAAACCGCUUGGAAUUGCUUCGCUUGCGCUACUGGUCAACCAGAUUUUGACGCUUUUGGAGCUGAUCGACAUCCUCAACAUCCGAACCAACCUCAUCUCCGUCGUCGUGAUGGGGCUGUUGGCAUACUUGCAUUUCUUCACCACAGGACACCAAGCAACGCUACAAGCUAUCCAUUGGGACACAGGUUUCAUUGUCACUGAGUCGAUCGUGUUCCCCUUCACGCAUCUCUGUAUUUUGAUGGACACCUUAGGACCAUUUAUAAUCGUCUGUCUAUGUAUUGCUCUGAUGUGCCUUUGGAAAAUUCCCCCAACGAGCAAGGCGAUUUCGCUGAUCUCAAAGAUCGUCGAGAAUUCUUCGACUUUGCUCAUUUAUCAGUCGUGUUUGACAUUAUCCACGCUUAUCAUGACCAACCAUUUCAGACGGCACUUGAUGGUGUGGAAAAUUUUUGCUCCACGCUUCAUGCUGAACGGUAUCAUACUAAUCACGAUGAACGUUAUCCUAUCACUAGUUACUGUGGGUUUUGCAACUGGCAGAGUCAUAAAACGAUGGAACCAGGUUUUUGGUACCUAA